AUGAGUUCCUUACAACCACUUUCUGUGCACAGUACCAACUCCAAAGUCAUAACAGAGAAGAGAAAAUCGGUGACAACCCUUACAAAUGGUAGUCGUCAUCUAGAGAGCAAGCCUAAGAUUCAUGAUGUCGACAAAUGCGCCGAAGCUUUCAUCCAAAACUUCCGGCGACAACUUUCUCUUCAGUGCGAUAACAUCCUCCCUAGAGGAGCUCUCUGA